UUUUUAAGAGAAUACCUAACAAAUACUCGAUCGUUUUGGAUAAUACUGUAACUUCUCUUUUUACUCCAUGCUUUAUGUCACAGCAUGACCUGGUUGAAAUGUAUAUAAAAUACACGAGAAGCGUAAUUCUGCUGUUUCGUGCAAAGCAAGGUCCUGCUAAAGUGAUAUGCUACGCUAAUCCGAAACAAUUAACGCGCAUAGGUCACUCCACGUAUUCGCUGCACCUUUAAGAAAUCAACAGUGAAGGAGGUUACCGAGAACAAUUAAUGCGAUAGAGGCGAUCAUUGGAAACACUAAAUGAUCAAUUACAAAAUAUAUUAUAAAGCGGUGUUAAGCCCACAUCCUAUCUUCGCUAUAUUCAUCAGUCCUUCUAGUUAUUACUUGUGUCAGUGGAUAAUUAAUCUCUAUGAGCAACACUUUCAUCCUUUGAAGGAUAACGGACCAAAGCUUGGAAUCGGAAAAACACUCAAAUGGGUUGCUUCCAAUCCGUGUAACAUGAUGAUGGCCGCGAAGAAGUUAGGGAAGAGAGAUUGGAAGUGGCCGCAGCCAAAUGGAUGUGUGUCCAAUCGACAGACAUUGCCAGUAAUGACAUUCAAAAUGCACCGGAUCUCAAUCAUGCGAGGAGGAAGCUGUUUAAGCCGUGAAAUAUUGCUCAACUCUUAUUCGAGUGGACCGCACUUGAAUUCGAUAUCGGAUAAGUUAUUAAUGGAAUCUAUAGGAAAACGUUUAGUCAUCUCAACUUUUGAGUUAUUGUCAUCGUAUCCAGCCCAUAGGUAUUCCUGCGAAGUUUUCACUUGUUAUUCAAAUUUCUACGGUUUUCACUAUACCACUGGUAGACGGUACAACGUAUAA